AUGCUCAAAAUAACUAUUAUCAUUUCAUUUAUAUUAUUUAUAUUUAUUACAUAUAUUUAUGGAAAUCCACAUAAUAUGAAUGAAAAUUUAUCAACAUUAAAAACAACAUUUAUUAAACCAAAAACAAAUAUACUACGUCGUCUUAAUCCACUUAAAUUAUUUUUUACUGUGGCUUAUAUACCAACACAAUAUCCACAUUAUACAAUUGAAUGGAAUUUACCAUUUUUAAAAACUAUGUUACUUGAAAGUAAAUAUGUUAGUACUGAUGAUAAAGCAUUAUUUCUAAAAAACUUUAGCAAUAUCGAAUAUGAUUAUGCAAAUUGGUCAAAUGAAAAACAUAAUGAAUUAGAAAGAUUUACUGAAAAAUAUUUUAAUCUAUAUCAAUCACCAGAAGAAUUUUUACCAUUUCGAGAUUGUCAUGCUUUAACAUAUGCUAUUACAGAUGAAAUGCUCAAUGAUCUACCACUGAGUGUAAAUGAUGAAAAACGUUCAAAAAUUCGAGCAAAAGCAGUUGAACGUUUAUGUGACUCAGAAUAA